AUGAACGGGGAAAGGCCCGCGGCCAACGGGGAGCAAGUCGCAAAUGGCUUCCAGCAGCCUGUCGCAGAUUCCGCGCCCGAUGCUGGACAUUUAAAACAAGGAUCGCUGCCUCAGAAUGCUCUGCCGCCUUCCAUCGACCACACCCCGUCCCAUGCAAAUGGAGAUGGGUCGAGUCAGCAGCGUUCUGACAUCGGAGGCCGCAAUGACGCUAACCUUCCCGCAGAAGCGCCGUCCGAGAUCCUGCAGCUCAUCUCUCAAGACAGUUAUCUGCCGAUGGCCGCUCUCAUAAACCGGGCUUCGCAGUCAUGCUGGAAUGGUCUGUCGGAUCUAGUGACGCAGUUGGCGUCGAUGCCCGUCCUCGAGCUGCCACCAGAACAAGCGAAACUCUUGCCCAAUGGGUUGCCUAACAAUCAGUCCAAGACAAAUUUGGACAAAAAGGACCGGCUACUGAAAUUUUCAAAUGAUCAAAAGGCGGAUUUUAUAAAACUUUUGGUACUGCUGCAAUGGAGCAAGAACGUGGAGGAAGUGAGCAAGACCAUCUCGAUCAAUUAUUGGCUUAUGCAACGGCGGGAAGCCUAUUGGAAUGCUAUCGGAUCAAUGGCCCUUCUCAAGCAGGAAUCUUCAGGUUUUCAAAUCCCCAACCCCGAUCUCAAAACAGCAGCAGAAGUACUAUCGAGAGGCAGGGUACUUAAUUUCCCCCGCCUGGGCUAUAAUCCGCAAAAAGACCUGUCCAGCAGACAGAUACUUCGAAUCCUCCAGUCACUCAACCGGGCAUUGAGCGUUAAGCUAGCGCUUUCGGAAGACUUACCCCUCCACCUGCGAAGAUUCCGAAUUCAUGACGGUCGUGCGACUUUCACUGUGCCCACCGAGUUCGAGCUGGAUGUCUCCGUCCUAGAUGAGAGCCUAGACUCUCCCUUUCGCGUGGUUGAUUUUCGUUUUUCCUUCCAACCAUCUCCCCACAUCCCUGAUCAGCUACACUCCGAGAUCGAGCUGUACGCAAAUUCCAAUAUCGAUCGAGAGGGACUGAGGGGAUGCUAUGACUUCCUCCAUGAACUGGCUUUAUCCUACAAGCUGGCUGAACUCCACAAGCAAGCUAUCGACUUAGCUCGAAAACAAUGGUCCGGCAACUUGCGCGUUGAACUCAUUCGUCGCAACCUCAUCGUGCAGUAUUGGCCUGAGAGACAGUUUGUGAAAGGCUGGAUUGAGAUUGGCAUUACUAGCGGUCGAGGGAAGCAGGCUAGUACAAAGGUUGAGUCGACACCGUUUCUCGAGAUCAAAUGGAUGCGGCAAGGCAAAAGAGUGGAUUCUUUGCAACUACACCUGGAUGAUGCAGUGCUCUGUUUUGAAGACAUCCUCCGGCAAGUGAUCGCACAAAAUUCAACGCAGAUUUUGGACAAUAUCUAUGACAAGCUAGUUCUCACGCCUCUGUUUGCCAACGCCGACCUCUUUCUGGAACAGUCGCUUUCCUACGAAGACCCAGAAGAGUGCUCCCUUACGAUUCAGAUCACUCGCUCCUCCGAACUCCAGCUGAAAGUUGAUCCUGUGACAGGACUGCUUGUUCUUCGCCCCGUUACCGAAAGAACGGAACGACUUCAGUAUGAGAUCAAUCGGAUCCAAGGUGUCGCAGAUGAUAUUGUCUCGAAGCUCCUCAAUUACAGGUGCAGUAUCAUGGAAAGUAUGGUCCUUGUCGGCAUUUUGGGCACCCGUUGGGAAGUCCUGCGUUCCUUCAAGCUUAGCCAAGCAGAAGUGAAAGCAUUGUUCGGAGGGCCAGUUCCAAGGAUAAACAUGUUGCGCCAGAACCAGUGGACACUGGACUAUACUCUAGCAAUUACACACACCGCAGACGGAGAUCAUUGGUGGCUAUUACAACAAGUUUCCGCUGGCGCUUUGGACUCCCCGGCACGCUAUAGGGUUCUUCACAAGCAGAGGAUAGAGAUCAAAGAAGAACUGUGUUCAGCGUACUUCGAUCGACUUGCAGAAUACUCAAUGGGCUUGAUUUUUCUGCAACGCAAUGUCGACUUCUUCAGGGAUAGGAAGGAGAAGUUUGAUCUACGACCCUUGCCAGCCUUCGGGCGGCAUUACGAAUUGCCCGAAAUAUCUUUUGACUUGGACAUGGCUAGGCCAGCCUUUUCGAAACAAUUUUUGCCUCCUGCCGCUUCCGCCGGCGCCUCUCCCUUACAAAUGGCCAACAGUCCACCUAAGUCCGCAACUGCACAAAAAGGCAUCCAAGUUCGUUUUGGUGGAGUUGAUCGAUCCACGAACAAAGUUAGGGCAAUCGCUCAGUAUCAACAUCAGGCCAGUUCUGCGGUGCUUAGAUAUCUAGAGGAGUCUAUCCUUGAUGCUAGCGUCACUCUCAAUCCCGAGGACAGGAUCGUCAUGAUUCGAGUGGCGACCCCAAUUGCGGAAGCUGCCAUUCCAGAGAUUGUCGACAAAGCCAUGGACCUGGAAAAGAUAGUGUCGACAGUCGAGCAGAUUCAUCGCCUUCCAGGACUAAAGUUGAAGACGAUAUCACAUUCCAGUUUUACGAUAGCGUACCACGAAGGAUCGCCCACCAAGCUCGAACUGAGGAUCGGAUUUCCGAGCGGCAAUCAAGCCCCGCAGCUUGAUUUCUUCCCGGCUCAGGAAAAUCCACAUCAGUUCCUUGCGGCACAAUACACUAAACUGAUUGCCGCCAGCCAUGGCCCGUUUGCCACAAGAAUACGUGACUUCCUCACCUCGUUGACUUUGACACUUCCUUUAUUGACCUACCUCCGAAACCUUCAGCAGAAACAUGGACUCGAACCCGAGAGACUACAGCAAACGGCUCCGCCCGAACAAGAAGACCAUUUGCGGGUGCAUAUCCUCGUCAGGAACGCCACUGCUUUUGCGAUCCAAUACUUCACCCCGGCAGGACAUGCCCCUAAGGAUGUCAAGGCUGAUUCCCAACCACACAUGCUGGCACGCCUCGAGAUCCUGCACCAUAUUAAUGUGGCGAGGAAACCGAUGUGGCUGGUGCGCGCCGCUCUUGAGGAGUUCCAGUCAUACUCUAGGCCGUCCUAUUCAACGCCAGAAUUAGGUUUAAAGUUGAAGCAGGAAAUCUUCACUCGGUCAGACGGACAGUCCAAAUGGCUUGCGCUGGAUAAAGCGGCGGCCUGCAUGGCUGACCAGCCAGAGCCUUUGCUGCAAGCUAUGCAUGAUCUUUUGUGGGAUUGGGCUAAGCUGGCGAAAUCAUCUGAAGGCAAGGUGCUCAAUAACCAGGCAUCCAAUAAGGCCAAAGCUGCCCCAGCCCACGCGCACGCGACUAACGUCAACCUGCCGAAUGGUACCAAUAGCAGGAUAUCUGCUCCUAUGAAAGCUCCUCCUGGCAAAAUGCAACCACCUAGUAGUGCGAUUCCCAAUGGUGCGAAUGUCAAGACCCAAAGACCCCCAGCCAAUUUCCCUGGAGGAAGAACGAUGCCGCCAAAUCAUAAAGCGAACGCCAACACCGCGCAAAAACAAGAGGUCAUCACGCUGGACUAG